AAAUAAGUAUAUUUAGUUACUGUGUGUAUAUAUAGAUAUAGUUUUACUGCAUGUGUGUAUAAGUUACUCUGUGUAUGUAUAUAUAUACAUAUAUAUAGUUAUUCUAUUUGUAUUUUAAAGACUAAAGGUGUAUUUGUUUCGGGAACUGGAUGGGCUCUGAACAAAGUAGCCUCCCAGCUGGUGCCCCAGGCAGCAGUCUGCGAUCCCAGCGUGAUGAAGACAUUCCAUAUACAACAUAUUCAAUAAGCAAACCCAUCGAUGGAGUGCCAAAAUCUCCUAAUUCUAGUGAUGAUGAAGAGUCGCCACGAUCUUCCCCUCGCUCUCUCAACAGACAGCGGCAGGUUCACAGGGGCGAACGUCAGAGUACACCGAAGCAUGACAUUGUAAUUGUGGCUGAAGGUGGACCGCUACAGAAGGACCCUGAUCCUGAACAGACCAAGCUGAAUGCCAUCCCUGUCUUUCAACCUGUGCUCAAGAGAUCGAUCAAUGGGGGUCGAGGAGAAAUGGAAUACAUUGACAAACUGGACCACCGCCAGGUGCUGUUGCUCUGUCUCCGUUACCAGCAGCACUUGAAGCAGUUGUCAGAAGCUGUUGCUUUUGAUCAGAAUGCUCUCUGUAUCCGAGUUAAAGAGAUUGAUUACAUGAUGCAUGUGUUAUUGAACUCUCUCACGGACAGACAGAGGAAGUAUGCCAAGUAUACGGAACAGUUUCAGCGCGUCAGUGAAACACUGUCCAUUUUGAAUCGCAUCAAAGGCUCUAUAGACAAUAUAAUUCCAAAGAUGGAGCGUCUGAACCAGAUGCUGCCGGAAACUGAACAGCUUGAACCAUUCACUAUGAAAUCCUUACCAUCAAAUUAAUCCAAUCUAAUCCAAUGUUUUUUCAAACUCUGUAUUUAUUUUGUUGCUAACUCUAGUUUAUUGGUGCCAUUUCUGUUGUGCUGUUUUGUAACACAGCUUAUAAAAUCUAAACAAAUAUGAGCUAAGAGUAAUAAUUAUGUUGUUCAACUACAUGCUACUGGCAGGGAGCUGAACAACAUAGGCAAAUACAGGUAUAUCAGAUACCAUACAACAUAAAAUCUUGAUUUAUUAAAAUUAUCUCCACCCCUAGAGGAUGUAUCAUAAAAUUGCCAAAUUGCAAUUAUAUAUAUAUAUAUAUAUAUAUAUAUAUAUACACCCAUGCUAGCAUGGAAG